GGAGAAGAUAAACAGAAAAGUGGCACAGUAGCUGCUGACGUUGUGUACAUCUCAAAUGGGCGUAUAAAAUGUCUGUGUGACACAGCUCUGGGUCUCGCUUGCAUUAAACUGGCUUGCAUUUUAUUGAAGCUCCGUUGUUAAGGUCACAGCUAAUGGUUGUAACAAUAUGGAGAGUGACCUGAAGCCCCAGGAUCAAAAGGACUUAGACAAGUUUAUUAAGUUCUUUGCACUUAAGACUGUCCAGGUGAUAGUCCAAGCCAGACUGGGAGAGAAGAUCUGCACUCGCUCGUCAUCAUCGCCUACUGGAUCUGACUGGUUUAAUUUGGCCAUCAAAGACAUCCCAGAGGUUACCCAUGAAGCCAAAAAGGCACUGGCUGGCCAGCUUCCAGGCAUCGGGCGCUCCAUGUGUGUUGAGAUCUCUCUGAAGACAUCAGAGGGGGACUCGAUGGAGUUAGAGACUUGGUGCCUGGAGAUGAAUGAAAAGUGCGAUAAGGAAAUCAAGGUGUCAUAUGCAGUCUAUAACCGUCUGUCUGUCCUCCUGAAGUCUCUGCUGGCCAUCACCAGAGUCACGCCUGCUUAUAAACUGUCCAGAAAGCAGGGACACGACUAUGUCAUACUCUACAGGAUCUACUUCGGAGAGGUCCAGCUGAGUGGAUUAGGAGAAGGUUUCCAAACGGUGCGCGUUGGAGUUGUUGGCACCCCUAUCGGUACAAUCACACUUUCGUGCGCCUACCGCACCAAUCUGGCAUUCAUGUCUAACAGGCAAUUCGAAAGGUCGGCUCCCAUCAUGGGGAUCAUCGUGGAUCACUUUGUGGAUCCUCCCUGCAGCAGCCAGCGUCCAGCAAACAUGGGCCAUCCGUGCAACUACAGGGCUCCCGAUGAAGAGGACGGAGGGCAGUUUGCAGGCGUUCAGGACUCACAGGAGGUCUGCGCCACCUCCUUCUCCACCUCCCCUCCCUCUCAGUGUGUGUGUACGCUGAGCCCGUCUCCCUCUAAACUGCCCAAGCCCCUCCCGCUGGAUAGUCUGCAGCUCCCAUUGGCUCCUGGACUUGUCACUCACACUCUGUACGCCUCCAGGUUAUCCUACCAGCCGACGGCUCUAGCAGGAGCUGCAGAGUUUUGUCACCCUGCUUCCAAUCCAAACCAGGUCUUGCAUGCGGGGAAGGAAGGCGGGGCUCUGUUGAUGCCUCCUCAUGGAGCAGAUGUUCAUCUGACAGUAGAGCAUGCCCCCAACACACCGAGCAGCAGUGGCGAUGAUGACGGCUUGUCGCAGAGCGGAGAAGGACGCAAAGAAGAAGGGCGGAGGAGCGUUUCUCCCUCGGACCCUGUGGAGUCGCUCAAUGCGUUCACAAGGAAGGUCGGAGCCUUUGUUAAUAAACCCAGCACACAGAUAACAGCAGCCAGUCUGGACCUGCCAUUUGCUGCGUUUGCUCCUCGAGGCCUGGACUCGGAGGAGAAUGAUCCUAUGGUUCACCCUCCAGAUUCUCCUCCCUGCCCAUCCCCUCUGCAGGGCAGCCUUCAUUCUCAGGGCUCAGAGGGGUCAGGGCAGCAAGACGACUUUGUCAUGGUUGAUUUUCGUCCGGCCUUCUCUAAAGACGACUUGCUGCCAAUGGAUUUGGGCACCUUCUACAGAGAGUUUCAGAAUCCUCCACAACUGGCCAGUCUCUCGCUUCACAUCAGUUCCCAAUCGAUGGCUGACGACCUGGACUCGCUGCCGGAGAAGCUGCGCGUCUAUGAGAAAAACAUAGACGAGUUCGACGCCUUCGUGGACAUGCUUCAGUAGGCAAGGAGUGAGAAGGACUUCCUGAGGAGACAAAGACAAAGAAAUGGACACUGAAAAAUGAAUGAAAGGGAGAAGCAGACUGGAGGCUCCUCUGGUUGUUUGUCCUGUGAAAAUUACUCUGACUAAAUCACCGUGUUUCAAUGUGAAAUUUCCCUCUCCUUCCUGUCAAGUACACUUAACAGCUUGUACAUCUUCACUGUAAAUACUAUGUUAUCUCCUGUGACACUGACACACACCCCCCUCUGUGGUCCGGUAGGGUUGAUCCAACUCAAAGGUCUUCAUUUUCUCUGUGGUGUAAAUCGGCUCUCGUCUUCAGUGUGUAAUCAAAUCAGAUGAUCGUGGCGUUUUCAGUCACUUCAGACAACCGCCCACAUCCGAGGACAGGCUACCUGCAUUCUUGAGAACUGUAGCUCACCGCCGAACACUAAACUCACCACGGCCUUGCUGAUCAUAUCUGAGCUGAAGCUGAUGGAUCUACAAGUCGAAUGAGUACGUUUCACAUUACGAGUUUUCUCUUUAAAGCCGGUCUGGACAAAGAAAGUUGCACAUGGCCUUGCAAGAGGAUUUCUGUGCUCGACUUUACAGCGAAGGCGGCGCUCGCUUCAAUGUCCCUCAGCAGGUUUUCCCAGCUGGUCUGGGGAUUUAAACUGCCAACUUCAGCAUUUGCAAAUGUCCCCAGUGGAAUGUAAAGUGAAUUAACUGCUGUACAGAAAACAUUUCCACGCUUCAGUUUGCUUUGCAACAACACUCAGUUGCCAGUUAAACCACGUACUCCUAGCUGAAACUAAUACAGCAUCCCGCUCCUGCGAUAACAUGUCGAUUUUUGUUGAAACUUAAUGAUCAUUUGGAAGGUUGGUAAUUGUGAAUCGAGGGGAAUAAAGGACCCCCCCAGUUCAAUAAAAUUUACCACCAUCUUAAAUCGCAGCCUUGAAAAUGACCAUGAGGUUUAACCAGCCCCAGUUUAAUCAAGAAGUCAACAUAACCUGCGUGGAUACUGGAUUUUAUUGCAGGAUGUUAGUUUGAGCUUUCCAGUAGCCUGGUGUUUACCGUGCGCUCUUCGACAUGCUUAUGUUUAUUUUGAUUUCUUUUUUUAUUAAAAGAGGGAAACAUUUCCAGUUGUCUUCAGAGGGUAACAUCCAUGUCUGUUCAGUUUGGUUGAAAGCUUUAAACUUUUCUUUUGGUGUAGAUGUCCCAAUAAAGCUCUGUACAAACUAC